AUGGCUGUUCCCGUGUUCUCCGGCCCCGUGAACGGUACAGCGUUCGCUGGACUUAGUCGAAACGCACGGAGCAUUCUAGAGCGAGCCACUCCUGGUGCACCGCAUUGGGUUGUGUAUGCUGAUGCUUAUACGCCGGGAGUUACUGGACCACCAGCAGUGUCUGAAGUCAAGGACUUCAACGUCUUUGCACUUUCUUUUCUUCUUAUAGAAGGGGCAUGGGAUAAGGCAAAUUACCUCGCGUUGUACACGCCGGCCUACGAAUGGACAACGCUCACAAGUUCUGAGAGAUCGGCUGUUAAAUCAGAGUAUGCCGCCGCUGGCAUCUCUCUUAUAGUGUCUGCCUUUGGUUCGACCGAUGUUCCAACUACUACGGGGGCAGAUCCGGUCGCGACUGCCAAUACCAUGGCUGCAUGGGUCAUUGAGUAUGACCUGGAUGGCAUAGAUAUUGAUUACGAAGACUUUGACGCCAUGGACUCAGGUACAGCCGAGGCCUGGUUGACGAGUUUCACCACCCAGCUGCGGGUGAAUCUUCCUCUGGGUUCCUACAUCAUCUCUCAUGCUCCUGUUGCUCCCUGGUUCACGCCGACCUAUUAUCCUGGAGGCGGGUACUUGAAAGUACACGCGAACGUCGGAAGCUUGAUUGAUUGGUAUAACGUUCAAUUUUAUAACCAGGGAUCCACUGAAUACACCACCUGCAGCGGGUUACUGACUACUUCGUCUUCGACAUGGCCCCAAACCGCCUUAUUCCAGAUCGCUAACAGUGGUGUCCCUCUUGCGAAAUUAGUCAUCGGAAAACCAGCGACGGCUAGCGAUGCAAGCAGUGGUUAUAUGAAUAUUUCAACUCUAGCAACUUGCUUACAGACCGCGAAGGAUCAAGGAUGGAAUGGCGGCGCAAUGGUGUGGGAGUAUCCUGACGCCGGAGAAUCUUGGAUCGCUGCCGUUCGGUCUCUUUCUUGGCCUGUAUAA